GACUGCGGACAUACUACAGGAGAUGACCAGAGACUGUGGACAUAGUACAGGAGAUGACCAGAGACUGCGAACUUACUACAGGAGAUGACCAGAGACUGCAGACAUACUACAGGAGAUGGCCAGAGACUGCGGACAUAGUACAGGAGAUGACCAGAGACUGUGGACAUAGUACAGGAGAUGACCAGAGACUGCAGAUAUAGUACAGGAGAUGACCAGAGACUGCGGACACAGUACAGGAGAUGACCAGAGACUGCGGACACAGUACAGGAGAUGACCAGAGACUGCGGACACAGUACAGGAGAUGACCAGAGACUGCGGACACAGUACAGGAGAUGACCAGAG